GUCUUGCUCUGCCCUGCGUCAACCCAACCUUACCCUACUCUACUCUACUAUCUACCGUAUCUUAAUUGAUAGCGGUUAUCCUCGCACAUCUUUUCAAACACUCAUCCCCCUUCUUAUCACAUCACCUCGUCUCUUAUUCACCUUUCUCAAUUGUCAAUGGCUGCUCGCUGACGUACUGACCCACUCUAUAGCUUCCUCAAUUGCGAUCCAGAAAACCACACCCACAUACCGUACUUGCACUCAACUUCACUGCGCCUUCCAUUAUCACAUUAAACACAUAAACUACAUCCAACCAUGUCUACUCCAGCCAUACCUCCUCGCCCCAGUCGUUCGCAGAACCAGACUCCAAGCAGCAAUACACACAUGGACGUCCCCAAGGUCCCUCCCAGGCCCGGCCGCCGUAUCGACCGUUCCGUUUCUCCCAACCGCGAUACAUACGCCCCCUCUCCGCUCAACGACCCGUCUUUCGUCCAUAGCAGGGACCAAAACAAGAGUAAACGCUUGAGCACUGAGGUGCCUGACCGCCCGCCGAGUGUUUCUCUGCCCUCCCUCGGCCAGGAAGGCAGCGAAUACGCAAGCUUCGACGACCUGUCCAAGACCCUCUCGCUGGGCCGAUCAACCUCCCCACACCAGACAAAAAAUGUAGCUGGUGACCUGCCCCUGCAUGCCCCAAGGGCUUCGGUCCCCAGCUCUACAGCCCACAGCAGGAUUCAGACUGUCACCAGAACUGACUCUUCGCAGGCAGUAGCUGCUGGAGUGGGUAGCCUAGCCCCGGAAGACAAAUCGGCCACUACAAGUGAGCAUCGUCGCUCGGAUUCUUCGACCGACGACCGCUCGCGUCCUGCCUCGAUGUACAAGGAGGAGGAAGAACAGGGCAUACCUGAAAUCGGUGUACAAGUCCCCAUGUACCCGAACGCUGGAGACGUUCAGGCUCCCACUCCAGGCCCUCAGGAACUGAGUGGCCAUGCGGCUAACCUUGGACCUUCUGAGAGACCCCGACAUCACGGACGUACCAAGAGCGGAAGAGAAAUCUUCCACGGCCCUCCUGGUAGUUACGGUCUCCAUGGACACGGAGUAGGCCCAAAGAACGAAUUCGACAAGCAGUGGUACGCAAAGCAUCCAGAGGAUGCCAAACGUGAAAAGGCUGGAGAAUACGGUCCACAUGUCCAGGUUAAUAGGAAGGACUAUCACUGGAUGGGAGAUGAUCUAGUCAAACUCGUUCACUCUUCAGGUGCUAAAGGCGUUGGCAUGGGUACGUCCAGGGAGGCCGUUGGAACCCCGGAUGAACAGAUUGGCUACAUGGCCAGCGAGGAAUUCGCUUCCAGAAUGGCAUCAACGUCUCCUCACCCAAAAUCCUCCAACCGCCCCAUCUCCAGUGGCAAGUCCGCUGUUAACGUCGAGUCGCCGUUACGCCACUCCGACGAAACGGGAGAACUUGGCGGGCCAAAGACGGAUGGCGAGUCGGAAGAUGUAAUUCACAUUGAUCCUCCCACCCAUUCUUCAAGCAAGAUUCAUGGUGGUGGUUACGACCCUCCAACCCAAGAUUUGGGAGCUCAUGGCGGGAACACGGAAGAAAAAGGUGGUUGGGUCACUGAACAAGGCCAUGGCACACCCAUCCUUGCUUCUGAUGAGCUCAAGAAGUAUCCAGGAACAGAACACAGACAACCUGCCGUGGACCCUGAGCUCGAGCGUCGUCGAAGUGGCGAGUAUAUCGUCAAUGAGUCGCUCGGCCAACCGGCCUACAUCACCAAGCAGCGAACUCAUAGCAGGAGUUCAAGCAGGAACAAGAGCAUUUCUUCAGCCAAGAAUUUGCAGCGUUUUGCAAGCCCGACCGAGCAUGACCGAAGCGGAACUCCUUUGGAGUCUACUAAGGAGUAUGAACCCCUUUUCCCCGAUGACGACGUCGAGAACAAGAAGCCAAAAUCGGAGAAGCGUCCCGCGCAUGCGCCGCGCCAUCAUUUCCCCAGCCAGGAUGUGUGGGAGGAUUCACCCAGCAGCCACCAUCUUGAGACUACCGUCGACUCCCCACAACUUCCCGAAGAGCCUAAGGAGCACGAAGAGCCAAUUUCUGCGACACAGACCUUUGAGAAGCCAGAAGAUGAGGCUGCGCGUAAAGAUUCGACCUCCAAAGAAGAUAAAGAAUCCUUCCUACCCGAGCAUACGAAACAUCUCGCCAACAAGCAUCUCAAGAACGUCGAUGUGCCUACUCGCCCCGGUCUGAACCAGCGCUUCCCUAGCCACGAUAUUUGGGAAGAUGCCCCUGAUCAUGGUCAACUAGUCACUACUGUGUCAACUCCUCAAUCGGAAGAUGUCAAUGAAUACGCCGAUGAUUCACCGAUCGUGGAGAAACCGGCUGUUCCCUCUCGACCUAUCAUCCCCGCUAGGCCGCAAAAGCCUAAGGAUCUGUCGCCCGUUGACAAGAAAGCGCCAGUCAUUCCAGAUAGGCCGAAGCCACAGGUUCCUGCUCGUCCUACGAAGACAAUCUCCUCGGAUAAGGUACCGACAGUUGAAUCGCAAGGAGAGGCUCCACCGCAGCCCAAGACAAAACCACAAGUUCCCGCUCGCCCUGGCUCUUCUAAGAUUGCUGCUCUUCAGGCUGGCUUUUUGAAAGAUCUGAACAGCAAAUUGGGUAUUGGGCCUCAAGCACCCAAGAUCAAGGAGCCCGAGCCUGAACCUGAGGAGGCACCAAAACCACUUCAAGAUGCUAGGAAGGGACGGGCUAAGGGUCCUCAGCGUAGGAAGCCACAGAGUUCGCGCUCUCCCGCAGCAGCAGAAUCUAGCGUGGUGUCGGAGGUUGCAGUUCCCAAGGCUGAGUUGAAGCUUUCCAGCGUUAGCACCAUCUGGAGCAUUGGAUACGACGGAAAAUUGGAUGCACCAGCUGCUCAGAUGGCAGUCACAUUGCAAGAGGCCAUCAAGCCUUCCUCCAAGACCGAACCCGCCGUUGUUCAGACAGAGACCUCCGAUGACCUUCAGCCUGUGCAAUCAAACACCUCCGUCAAGAGCGAGGGCGCUGUUGCCGACGCCGCCUCUCGUGACAGUGUAGAGGAGACUGCCGCGCAGGAGGAUCUAGCUCCUACCACCACACUAGAGUCGAAUACUUCGGCUGUGUCCGCCGAAGACAAGGUCGAUGCACAGCCCGAACUCACCGCUACAGGCGGUGUUCCCCUCGAGACAGAAGGCGGCCCUGAAGUCACGCUCCCAGGCUCGAGCGCAGAGACCGCCAAAGAGCAACCAGAGCUCUCGGCGACUGGUGGCGUGCCGCUGUCGGUUGAGACUGGCGGUCCCAGUGUCACCCUCCCCGGUUCAACAGGUGAGAUCAAGUCUCCUGUGGAGACUAAGCUCGCGGAGACAAUCUCGGAGGAGCUAGCCUCUCCCAAAGCCACUGGACCAACCGAGCCCAUCAUCACACAGGAGCCUAUUGCUGCCGAGCGUACAGUUGCCGCGGCCGAAGGUGAAGAGAAGGAGGUCGGCCAGGAUGCAAAGGUCGUCACCUAGUGGACCUUGAUUGCUUAUCGACCUCUGAGCGUGGCUUUAACAGCACAGAGAUGAUGACAUAGACGACACGAGAGGCUUACGCCGACCCGAACGAGAAAAAAAGACCGUAUGAAGGGGCAAUGAAUUGUUUUUUCUUUCAACCGUAUAAUAGGAUUAUUAGUAUUCUAUCAAUCCGAACAAACCACACCUCUUUUACAUAAGUAGUACAAGAACGAAUCGAUUGUGUUUAU